CGCCAAUCUUUCUUCAGUGUUGUUUGAAAUUCAAUCGAAAAAUGUAUCGCAUGUUAAUCGCUUUCUGUGCCUUUGUGGCUUGCGUUAAUGGCAAUGUUCUUCGACCAGUUGUACCUAUGCCUGAUGGACGUAUUGUAGGUGGUGAGGAUACUACUGUGAAUUUGUAUCCCUGGCAGGUGUCAAUUCGUCUGUUAGGCUCACAUUCUUGUGGAGGUAGUAUUAUAAAUGAAAGAACUAUUGUCACAGCUGCUCAUUGUGGUGGUUAUCUUGCUGCUUGGUAUAAAAUUCAAUACGGCGUAACAACUAUCGGUGGUACAACAAACCUUGCCAGUGUUAAAUCAUUCAUCAGGCAUCCCCAAUAUGAUUCAAGCGUUAUCGAUCAUGAUAUUGCCGUCAUUAUUUUGGAUGAACCUAUUUCAUUCGGAGACACAGUUCAACCAAUUGAAUUGGCUAGUUCAAGUCCAGAUGCUGGCACUACAGCUGUUGUCACUGGUUGGGGCACAACAAGCGAAAGUGGCAAUCUUUCAAGUACUUUGCAGAAAGUGGAAGUAGAUAUUGUUGGCAACGAAGAAUGUAAUAAUAGUUAUAGUGGAGUAAAUACCAUUACUGAUCGCAUGCUUUGUGCUGGAGUGAAAGACGGUGGUAAGGAUGCUUGUCAAGGUGAUUCUGGCGGUCCAUUAGUUACUGGCAAUGUUCUCAGUGGUGUUGUGUCAUGGGGUGUUGGUUGUGCUCGUCCUGAUUAUCCUGGUGUCUACACCAAUGUUGCCAACUUAAAAUCAUGGAUUGAAGAAAAUGCCGUACUUAAAUAUGGCCAAAGUAAUAUUGGUCUUUCAUUAGUUGAAAUUAUCUUUCAUAUUUCGUCAAUUUUUCUUCAGUGUUGUUUGAAAUUCAAUCGGGAAAUGUUUCGAAUGUUAAUUGCUUUUUGGGCCUUUGUGGCUUGCGUUAAUGGCAAAGUUCUUCGUCCGCCUGUACCUAUGCCUGAUGGGCGUAUUGUAGGUGGUGAAGAUACUACUAUAAAUUCACAUCCCUGGCAGGUGUCAAUUCGUCUGUUAAGCUCACAUUCGUGUGGUGGUAGUGUUUAUAAUGAAAGAACUAUUGUCACAGCUGCGCAUUGCGGUGGUUAUCCUGCUAGUUGGUAUAAAAUUCAAUACGGCGUAACAACUGUCGGCGGUACAACAAACAUUGCCAGUGUUAAAUCAUUCAUCACGCAUCCCCAAUAUGAUUCAAGCCUUAUGGAUUAUGAUGUUGCCGUCAUUAUCUUGGAUGAACCUAUUUCAUUCGAAGAUACAGUUCAACCAAUUAAAUUGGCUAGUUCAAGGCCAGCCGAUGGUGAUACAGCUGUGUGCACUGGUUGGGGCGCAUUACGUGAAGGUGGCAGUUCUCCAAUGGCUCUGCAGGCAGUGCAUGUAGAUAUUGUUAACAUCGACGAUUGUAAGAAAAGUUAUUGGGAAAGGUAUGCUAUAUCUGAUCGCAUGAUUUGUGCUGGAGUCAAAGAGGGUGGUAAAGAUGCUUGUUCAGGUGAUUCUGGUGGUCCAUUAGUUACUGGCAAUGUUCUCAGUGGUAUUGUGUCAUGGGGUGUUGGUUGUGGUCGUCCUAAUUAUCCUGGUGUCUACACCAAUGUUGCCAACUUAAAGUCAUGGAUUGAAGAAAAUGCCGUACUGUAAAUUUUAUUUAAAUAA